UCCGGACACAAAGUUGGAUCUCUGAUGUUGACCAUGGCCGAGGUUACCUUCCUUCCCUAACCCAGUGAAUCGAGCGCUGUUACACCGGGAACAUGCCCUGUAAUCAGUCACGUGACAGCUCUCCAUUCCAUUCUCUGCAGCUACUCUCAAGUUACAGCCGUGCAAGUGUAGUUUGUGUUGACCUACUGUAUAUAUAUAGGUCAGUGGUGUGUGCCUGAUAAAUAGUGCUAUGUAGUUAUUUAUGUAGGUGCUGAAUAUAUUAUACAGUAUUUUUGAUUCAAUAAAAGUGAUCCUAACUUAACCAGCUUGGAGUGUAUUAUGUAUAUUGCUCAGAAGAGAAUAAAAGAUAAAUUACUUGUUUAGUAGGCACACCGUACAUGUUUGUUACUGUUUUGUGUUUUUAGUUGUUCUAAAAGAAGAAUGUAUUCCUUAGUCCCUCGCAUUGGGACCAACCAUCUUCCAUGCUCUCUAUGAAUGUAUCCCUCCCUGUGUCCACAGUGUUUUUUCAGGAGCAAUGAAGGCCUGCUAUGUUUACUUUUUGUAUCCCAGAGGAGUUUUUAUGCAGAAAACUUUCAGUUGUCUCAAAAAAUGCUCAAAGGCAUGGCCCGUAGGCAAGAAAGAGAUUUGUGCAUUUCAGAAUGAAUGGUCAUUUUAUAUAGUCAAGUUUUAUAAGUCAUAUAUUAUGAGAUAAUAAGUAAUAAUUCUGAAAAAUUAAUUAAAUUAGAUACUAAGUCAUAAUUAUGAGAUGCUAACGAGAUUUCUAAGUCGUAAUUAUGAAUUGCUAAGUCCUAAUUACAAGAUGCUAAUGACAUAUUACGUCCUAAUUAUGAGAUGCUAAUGAGAUAUAAGGUCAUACUUAAAAUAUGCUAAUGAUAAUGUGUCAUUAUUAUAUACUAAUUCAAAAUUAUGAGAUACUGAUAUAUAAUUAUGACAUUCUAAGUAAUUAUUUUAAGAUAGUAUCUCAUUUUAAUAACUUACAGCAGUGGUCACCAACCUUUUUGAGCCCAAGAUCACUGACCUCCACCUUCAUGACCGGCAAGAUCUACCUAUUGAGGCGUUGAGAGAAAACGACGGUCCAGAUUGAGGCUUUUUAUUUGGCCUAAUUCUAAUUGAAUGAAAUCAAAACACAUUGGUCCAGCUUUCAAAUUGAUGAGACCAGGAACACAGAAUUUAAGUGCAAUAUAAAAAGUAAGAUAUUUGUUCACCACACACAAUAUGAACAAGAAAAAACACAUUUCAAUGAGCAGCUGGAUAAACUACCAAUAUAAAUGUUGUAUUUAUUUACAUUACAACACAACACUGACAACAUGAUCAGUCAGUGCAACUCAUGUAAGUUCAGCUCUCAUCAUAAUGCCAUCAAGUCAUGUGACUCCAGUCAGUGUGAUGGCUGUGACUGAACUCUGUCUGUGAGCUUGUAGUUAGUUCAUAAACACAGACAGACAGUCUGAGGCCGUCUGUGAGCUGCUGUCAGUAAUCCAGCUCCUGGUCUCCGAUUUGGUGAUUUUCUCAACUUCACUGAUGAGUUUUUCGGGGCAAAUGUGGUAUUCAUGAAAGUUUUAUCAUCUGGGACUGGUUCUGAAGUCAGCCCGUUGGUGAAUACAUUCACAUCAGCUCUAAAGACAUCCUCAGAUUUAAAUAAUUAUAAUAAUAAUAAAUAUGAGAAUCACCAUUUGUGACUCCUGCAUCUGUGCUUUUUCAAAUAAUAGAAUAAAUAUAAUUGCAAUCACUUUCAAGUAAACCAGAUUGCUCCAUCAGACAAGAAAAAAAGCUCAAUGUUGAGCUUUUGUUUUGAAGGACAAAAGCAGAAAAGCCGAUCUCACGGAGGUAAAACCUGGCAAAUCGCCAAUAAUCUCCGCAGUUGCGCAUGCGCAGGCGUAACCUGUAAAUGCCGUAACGUAAACAUUUACACUAAGGUACAGGCAUUACAACAUUUAUUUAUUGAUGACGUAGUUUUAUGUCCUUGUACUUUGAACUUGUGUAAUAUGUAAAGUUAUGAAUAAAGGUCUUUCUGCAUUUCCCCUGCGCCUCACUUGUGGUACGCUCCCCUCUUUCGGGGAGCACAGCUGACAACACGGCUGUCAGAGAACCCGCUUUCAGGCGUUCAUUAAAAUCAGGCGGAGAUCUUUUCUAUCGUCGAUGUUCCAGUCAGGAAGAAAACGUUUCAGAAGACACUUCAGAAAAUGUUCGAGAACGAGGAACAAUGUGUUUCUGAUUUUAUUUUCAUUUUAUUUUGGAGAUCGACAGGGAACGUCUCCGAGAUCGACCGGUCGAUCGCGAUCGACGGGUUGGCGACCACUGACUUACAGGAUCUUUAUUUUUUUCAUUACAGUAGCGAAAAUGGGCUUCCACCAUUAAAGUCAGAUACUUUUAUUUUGAAGGAAGGAUUUCCCAACCGGAAUUGAUAUCAUUCACUUCCUGGUCCUCAUACACGCACGAGGACCUUCGAGCAUUUGAAUCAGUUUAUUUGUCACUUAUUUGUUUUUUACGCGCCAGAAUGCAGUUAUGCAGUGUGUGCAGCGAACACACACCAAAAUACAAAUGUCCGUCCUGCAAAAUAAGAUAUUGUUCACUUGGCUGUUAUAAGAGGCAUAAAGACACUUGCCUACCCGUUGAGCAGCCUGCACCUAUUGAUCCCGAAGCCGUGGGUUCUUUCAAUUCUGAGACGUGGACUGUUGAGGAUCUUCUGCAUGAAGAGGACCUUGUUGACAAAGCGCCUCUACAGAGGCUCAAGCUGUUAGGUCAAUCGAAAGAGCUCCGGGAUCUUCUUUGCAACCCCCAUCUGAGACUACUACUGCGCUCCAUUGACGGCGCAGACAGCAAAGACGUUGCUAUGAAGGCUGCCAUGCAGGAGCCUCUGUUCGUGGAAUUUUCAGAUCGGUGUUUGAAAAUUGUCAAAUGAAGUCAAACCAUUGACAGCCAGUGAAGCUGAUGUUUUGUAAAAUUGUUCCCUCAGUUACUUGGAUGACCGUUGAAUAUUUUUUCAUAUAAAGUCUCCACAUUAGCAUGGAUCUCCUGUCGAUAUAUUACUGUCUUGUGCCUUGUCAUGAUACACUAUUGUGUUCAAAUACAAACUGAAAUAUUUCAAACUAUCGCUUUACAGUGCAGCUGAAAAGGUUACUUGUGGAACAGCUGAUCACAUGUUGACAAAGUUUAAAGUGAAAGGAAAAUGUAUCCAUUACAUUUUUAUUAACACCGACAUUUAAAUAUUAACGUGUCAUGAUAUACAUUAAUCCCUUGGUACACUACACAUUUCAAACUGUCAUGACUGAGUGACUAUAGCUGGAAAAGAGCCAAUGAAGAUAUUAAAGGAAUUAACAGCAGUCUGCACAAGUUCAAAACGUGUUCUACGGUACAUGAAACAUUACUUAAAGCAAAAUAUGUUCUGCAUAGUCAAAUGUGACGCUAUCAUGGCUCGAGUUCUCAAACAGCACUCGUGUAAAAGUACUUGGAUUAAUGUGUUGGACUGCAGCCGUUUAAAAUACAAUGGUUUAGGCAAAUAUUUUACAGAUGUGUGUAUAUAUAUAAAAAGCAAUUUCAAUAAACCUUGGUUUAACCUUU